UAAUGGGCGGAUUUAAGCUGUAGUUGGACUGGAAACUUUCAGUCCAAUCUGGCAACCCUGUUAAAGCUCCGACUCCAGUGCGUCUCAUCGCAGCGACUGAAACGGAGAAACGGUGUUGUUAAUGUCCAACAAGACGGACUGUUCAAUACAAGAAGUUCAACCAGCCAUCAUCUAGGAAAGUGGGAUAAUGUUCCUGUACAUCAAUAUCCCUAUAAGAGUUCCCAGUGAAAGAGAUCAGUAUCAUCAUUGACUCAGCAGUGUCUCCAUAAACUGUCUGUUCAUACACUAAUAUUCAAAAAUGGAGAUCACUGAUCUGGACACAGAUAUGACCCCACCCCUAAAGAAGCGUAAACUUCAGAAAGAGAGAUCAGACUCACCAGCAGUCAGCUGUGUCUCCAUGAAGAGUGAUGUGUCUAUGAAGAUUCUUUUGAACAUUAAAACUGCUGAUUCCUCACCUUUAUACAGUGUUCUACAGGAGGAACAAAAGAGAAGAGAAAAGAACAUCAUGACAUUUACAGGAAACACCCCAGAAUCUGCUGAUGUUCCUGAACUCCAGAAAAAGUUCAAGUUAAAUCUGAAGAAGAAGUUUCAGUGUUUAAAUGGAGAGAUGAUAAACCUGGGAACCCAAAGACUCCUGAAUGAGAUCUACACAGAGCUCUACAUCACAGAGGGAGACAGUGGAGACGUCAAUAAUGAACAUGAGGUGAGACGGAUCGAGGCAGCAUCCAGGAGAACAACAACAAGAGAGGAAACGCCAAUCAAAUGUAAUGACAUCUUUAAGCCUUUAUCUGAACAAGACAAACCCAUCAGAACUGUUCUGACAAAGACCUCAUCUGAACAAGACAAACCCAUCAGAACUGUUCUGACAAAGAUCUCAUCUGAACAAGACAAACCCAUCAGAACUGUUCUGACAAAGGGAGUCGCUGGCAUCGGAAAAACAGUCUCUGUACAGAAGUUCAUUCUGGACUGGUCUGAAGGAAAAACAAAUCAGGACGUCCACCUCAUAUUUCCACUUCCUUUCAGAGAGCUGAAUUUGAUGAAGGACCAGAAACUGAGUCUGAUGGAGCUCCUUCGUGUCUUUUUUAAGGAAACAAAAGAAACAGAAAUGUCCAGAUUGGAAAAGGUUUUGUUCAUUUUUGACGGAUUGGACGAGUGUCGUUUUCCUCUGGAUUUCCAGAACACAGAGAGAGUGUGUGAUGUAACUGAAUCAGCAUCAGUGCAGGAGCUGCUGAUAAACCUGAUCAAAGGGAAUCUGCUUCCCUCUGCUCUCAUCUGGAUCACCUCCCGACCAGCAGCAGCUGAUCAAAUCCCCUCUGAGUGUGUGCAUCGAGUCACAGAGGUACGAGGGUUCAAUGACCCACAGAAGGAGGAGUAUUUCAGGAAGAGGAUCAGAGAUCAGAGCCUGGCCAAUAACAUCAUCACACACCUGAAGUCAUUAAGAAGCCUCUACAUCAUGUGCCACAUCCCAGUCUUCUGCUGGAUUUCAGCCACUGUUCUAGAGAGGAUGUUGGGUGAAGCAGAGACUGGAGAGAUCCCCAAGACUCUGACUGAAAUGUACACACACUUCCUCAUCAUUCAGACAAACAUCAUAAGAGGAAAAUACUCACAGAAGCAGGAGAGUGAUGAAGAAAUGCUUCUUAAACUGGGACAACUGGCUUUUCAGCAGCUGAAGAAAGGGAACCUGAUCUUCUAUGAGGAAGACCUGAGAGAGUGUGGCAUUGAUGUGAGAGAAGCAGCAGUGUACUCAGGUGUGUGUACACAGAUCUUCAGAGAGGAGUUUGGGCUUCACCAGAGUAAAGUGUACUGCUUUGUUCAUCUGACCAUUCAGGAGCAUUUGGCAGCUCUCUAUGUGCACAUGACAUUUAUGAAAGAAAACAGUAAUGUUCUUAAUCAGAGUCCAAAAAUGUCCUCUGUACGAAAUAUGUACUCUGUACCGAAGAGGUUCUCUGAACAAAGGAUUAAAAACAUUACAAUUUCAGGUGUCCACAAGUCUGCAGUAGAGCAGGCAUUAAAAAGUCAAACUGGACAUCUGGACCUUUUCCUUCGCUUUCUUCUGGGUCUCUCACUGGAGUCAAAUCAGAAACUCUUACAUACCUUAAUAACACAGACAGGAAGUAGCUCCCACAGUAAAGAGGAAACAGUUCAGUACAUUAAGCAGAAGAUCAGUAAAGAUCUUCCUCCAGAGAAAUCCAUCAAUCUGUUCCACUGUCUGAAUGAACUGGGUGAUAAUUCUCUAGUGGAGGAAAUCCAACGCUACCUGAAAUCUGGAAAACAAAGUGAACUCUCUUCCUCACAGUGGUCUACUCUGGGGUUUGUGUUACUGACCUCAGCACAGGAUCUGGAGGAAUUUGACCUGAAUAAAUAUUUCAGUCCAGAGAAGAUAACAGAUCUGGUUCUUCUGAAGAUGAUGCCUGUGAUUGCAGCAUCCAGAAAAGCAAUUAUCAGGUGUAAUAAGAUUCAAAACAGAGGUGUUGAAUCUCUGGCAUCAGUGCUCAGAUCAGAAACCUCCAAUCUGAAAGAACUGCAUCUGAUUGUGGAUACACUGGAUCUGUCUUGGAAUAAUCUAGGAGAUUCAGGAGUGAAGAGACUCUGUGCUGUAUUGGAGAAUCCUCAGUGUAAAGUGAAGAAACUGAGGUUGUGGAAGGGUGGUGUCUCAGAUGAAGGCUGUUCUGCUCUGACUUCAGCUCUGAGAUCAAACCCCUCACACCUGAGAGAACUGAAUCUGUCCUGGAAUAAUCUAGGAGACUCAGGAGUGAAGAGUCUCUCUGCUCUACUGGAGAAUCCUCUCUGUAAACUGGAGACACUGAGGUUGUGUGGUUGUGAUUUGUCAGAUGAAGACUGUUCUGCUCUGACUUCAGCUCUGAGAUCAAACCCCUCACACCUGAGAGACCUGAAUCUGUCUGGGAAUAAUCUAGGAGACUCAGGAGUGAAGAGUCUCUCUGCUCUACUGGAGAAUCCUCUCUGUAAACUGGAGACACUGAGGUUGUGGGAUUGUGAUUUCUCAGAUGAAGGCUGUGCUGCUCUGACUUCAGCUCUGAGAUCAAACCCCUCACACCUGAGAUAUCUAUAUCUGUCUGAUAAUAAUCUAGGAGACUCAGGAGUGAAGAGUCUCUCUGCUCUAAAGAGGGAUAAUCACAAUCUACAGACAGUGAAUAAAUUUCAGAAAAGGAGAUCAGACUCAUCAGCAGUCAGCUAUGUCUCCAUGAAGAGUGAAGAGUCUAUGAAUAUUCCUUUGAACUUUAAAAAUGCUGAUUCCUCACCUUUAUACAGUAAACUUCAGAAAGAGAGAUCAGACUCACCAGCAGUCAGCUAUGUCUCCAUGAAGAGUAAAGAGUCUAUGAAGCUUCCUUUGACCUUUAAAACUGCUGAUUCCUCACCUUUAUACAGUGUUCUACAGGAGGAACAAAAGAGAAGAGAAAAGAACAUCAUGACAUUUACAGGACACGCCCAAGAAUCUGCUGAUGUUACUGAACUCCAGAAAAAGUUCAAAUUAAAUCUGAAGAAGAAGUUUCAGUGUUUAAAUGGAGAAAUGAUAAACCUGGGAACCCAAAGACUCCUGAAUGAGAUCUACACAGAGCUCUACAUCACAGAGGGAGACAGUGGAGACGUCAAUAAUGAACAUGAGGUGAGACAGAUCGAGGCAGCAUCCAGGAGAACAACAACAAGAGAGGAAACACCAAUCAAAUGCAAUGACAUCUUUAAGCCUUUAUCUGAACAAGACAAACCCAUCAGAACUGUUCUGACAAAGACCUCAUCUGAACAAGACAAACCCAUCAGAACUGUUCUGACAAAGACCUCAUCUGAACAAGACAAACCCAUCAGAACUGUUCUGACAAAGACCUCAUCUGAACAAGACAAACCCAUCAGAACUGUUCUGACAAAGGGAGUCGCUGGCAUCGGAAAAACAGUCUCUGUACAGAAGUUCAUUCUGGACUGGUCUGAAGGGAAAACAAAUCAGGACGUCCACCUCAUAUUUCCACUUCCUUUCAGAGAGCUGAAUUUGAUGAAGGACCAGAAACUGAGUCUGAUGGAGCUCCUUCAUGUCUUUUUUAAGGAAACAAAAGAAACAGAAAUGUCCAAAUUGGAAAAGGUUCUGUUCAUUUUUGACGGAUUGGACGAGUGUCGUUUUCCUCUGGAUUUCCAGAACACAGAGAGAGUGUGUGAUGUAACUGAAUCAGCAUCAGUGCAGGAGCUGCUGAUAAACCUGAUCAAAGGGAAUCUGCUUCCCUCUGCUCUCAUCUGGAUCACCUCCCGACCAGCAGCAGCUGAUCAAAUCCCCUCUGAGUGUGUGCAUCGAGUCACAGAGAUACGAGGGUACAAUGACCCACAGAAGGAGGAGUAUUUCAGAAAGAGGAUCAGAGAUCAGAGCCUGGCCAAUAACAUCAUCACACACCUGAAGUCAUUAAGAAGUCUCUACAUCAUGUGCCACAUCCCAGUCUUCUGCUGGAUUUCAGCCACUGUUCUAGAGAGGAUGUUGGGUGAAGCAGAGACUGGAGAGAUCCCCAAGACUCUGACUGAAAUGUACACACACUUCCUCAUCAUUCAGACAAACAUCAUAAGAGAAAAAUACUCACAGAAGCAGGAGAGUGAUGAAGAAAUGCUUCUUAAACUGGGACAACUGGCUUUUCAGCAGCUGAAGAAAGGGAACCUGAUCUUCUAUGAGGAAGACCUGAGAGAGUGUGGCAUUGAUGUGAGAGAAGCAGCAGUGUACUCAGGUGUGUGUACGCAGAUCUUCAGAGAGGAGUUUGGGCUUCACCAGAGUAAAGUGUACUGCUUUGUUCAUCUGACCAUUCAGGAGCAUUUGGCAGCUCUCUAUGUGCACAUGGCAUUUAUGAAAGAAAACAGUAAUGUUCUUAAUCAGAGUCAGGUCUGUAACACAAUUUCAGAUGUCCACAAGUCUGCAGUAGAGCAGGCAUUAGAAAGUCAAACUGGACAUCUGGACCUUUUCCUUCGCUUUCUUCUGGGUCUCUCACUGGAGUCCAAUCAGAAACUCUUACAUGCCUUAAUAUCACAGACAGGAAGUAGCCCCCACAGCAAAGAGGAAACAGUUCAGUACAUUAAGCAGGAGAUCAGUGAAGAUCUUCCUCCAGAGAAAUCCAUCAAUCUGUUCCACUGUCUGAUUGAACUGGGUGAUAAUUCUCUAGUGGAGGAAAUCCAACGCUACCUGAAAUCUGGAAAACAAAGUGAAUUCUCUUCUUCACAGUGGUCUGCUCUGGUGUUUGUGUUACUGACCUCAGAACAGGAUCUGGAGGAAUUUGACCUGAAUAAAUAUUUCAGUCCAGAAAAGAUAACAGGUCUGGUUCUUCUGAAGAUGAUGCCUGUGAUUUCAGCAUCCAGAAAAGCAAUUAUCAGGUGUGAUAAGAUUGAAGGCGGAGGUGGUGCAUCUCUGGCAUCAGUGCUCAGGUCAGAAACCUCCAAUCUGAAAGAACUCCAUCUGAUUGUGGAUACACUGGAUCUGUCUGAGAAUAAUCUAGGAGAUUCAGGAGUGAAGAGACUCUGUGCUGUAUUGGAGAAUCCUCAGUGUAAAGUGAAGAAACUGAGGUUGGAGAAUUGUUAUUUCUCAGAUGAAGAUUGUUCUGCUCUGACUUCAGCUCUGAACUCAAACCCCUCACACCUGAGAGUACUGAAUCUGUCUAGGAAUAAUCUAGGAGACUCAGGAGUGAAGAGUCUCUCUGCUCUACUGGAGAAUCCUCUCUGUAAACUGGAGACCCUGAGGUUGCGUGGUUGUGAUUUCUCGGAUGAAGGCUGUUCUGCUCUGACUUCAGCUCUGAGAUCAAACCCCUCACACCUGAGAGACCUGAAUCUGACUAGGAAUAAUCUAGGAGACUCAGGAGUGAAGAGUCUCUCUGCUCUACUGGAGAAUCCUCUCUGUAAACUGGAGACACUGGGGUUGGAGUGUUGUCGUGUCUCAGAUGAAGGCUGUGUGGCUCUGACUUCAGCUCUGAGAUCAAACCCCUCACACCUGAGAGACCUGGAUCUGUCCUUUAAUAAUCUAGGAGACUCAGGAGUGAAGAGUCUCUCUGCUCUACUGGAGAAUCCUCUCUGUAAACUGGAGACACUGUGGUUGCGUAGGUGUGAUUUCUCAGAUGAAGGCUGUGCUGCGCUGACUUUAGCUCUGAGAUCAAACCCCUCACACCUGAGAGAACUGGAUCUGUCUAGGAAUAAACUAGGAGACUCAGGAGUGAAGAGUCUCUCUGCUCUAAAGAGGGAAAAUCACAAUCUACAGACAGUGAAUUGGUGAUGAACAUCUGUGGACGAGAUGAAGACUCUGGUGUUCCUGCAUUUCCAUGUUGGGGAUCAGACAUUUAAUACACUGAGUGUCACUGAUCACUUUAUUAGGAAUAACUGUACACCUGCUCCUUCCUGCAAUUAUCUAAUCAGCCAUUCAUAUGAUAAUUCAUAAACUCGUGUUGAUAAAUAUACUGUAUAUAAAAAUAAAUGUAGAUACAGAUCACAUGUACAAAGAAAAUAAAGUGUUAGAAACAUUCA